CAAACUGUUUCUGUGAAAUCAUGUGACCACCGAGCGUCCUCCCUCUCUGCUGCUAUGUAAACUGGCCUUUGCCUCCUCUACAUCACAGACCAACAACACAGGGAGUUAUGUGGAGGAUUUUCCUGACGCUCAGUCUGCUCUGCUGGAGCGCUGACGGCAGAGUGACCUGCAGAGACCACAACGGCAGAACUUUGGACUGGUACAUCAUCUACAAGGCACCCAGACUGAAUAACAUCGUACCUGAGGGUUUGGAUUAUCUUUACAUUGAUUCAGCUGGGAAGAAAGAGACCUCUAAAGAUCACAAUAAGCUCAUCAACGCUACUGACGGUGUCCUGGCAAACACCCUGGAGCCCCUUUUUACCACAUCAAUGCCAGACAACUUUGGAUUCAUCACCUACAACGACCAACCUCCUCCAGGAUAUCAGGCUAAUCAUACAUUUGGUCACAGUAAAGGACUUGUGAUGAUGGAUAAAGACCAGACAGGAGUCUGGCUCUUACACAGCACACCAAAGUUCCCUUUUGAAAGAGAUAAUAGUAACUUCUACCCAGCCAGCGGAGCAAAGAAUGCUCAGACGUUUAUCUGUGUAACAUUCAACUAUGACCAGUUCCAACACAUAGGUCAACACCUGCUGGAUAUCAAUGCUUAUACAUUUGACGAUCAUAUUCCAGACGACUUCCAUGAAGAGCUUAAGAAACUUAGGGGGACUGAAAAUAACAACAGGGACGAAAGAGAUAAUAAAGUCAAUAUCCAGAACCUGACAUCAGCAGCAGGAACACCGUUUCGUAGCAUUGCUAAACGACAGUAUAAAGAUGAAGAAGAAGCUGAAGUCGAUGAUUCUGCACCUACUCCAGCAGGAAAGAGGCCACAUGAUGACAACAUAUUUGUUGGAGAUCUUUACCUCACUAUUGCAGAGACAUACAAGACUGAUGUGAGAGUCCAGACCUGGGGCCCCCAGAAAGGUCGCAACGGUUCCUACUGCGAGGAUAACCAACGCCAAGUGAUCAAUAUUGAAUCUGUAAAAACUGAUCUGGGUAACGGGGAGGUUGAGUGGACGACGAAAAUUGAUCAUUCCAAGUGGUGUGUAUCUACAGAUAAUAAUAAUCAUUUGAUCUGUAUCGCUGAUAUGAACAGAGCAAUCACCCAAUACGAAAGGCCGGGGGGUGCACUGUGCUUUAGACAUAAAGAGGCAAGUGAACUAUUUAAAGGUGUGAUUGAUAAAACUGAGCCUUGCCUAUAGUCUAAGCACUACCGGUGCCUUUUCCCUUAAGGGUCGCCCUGUCCGUGACUCUGACUGUGGCUCUAGCCCUGGAGGAGACAAGGGAUCUUGGCUCCCACAGAUCCCUGGUCUCUCCACCAUCCAGUCUCUCUGCUAUUACAUAAUGAGUAUAGUAUAUAGGCUCCAAGGUGUUUGGAACAACCUACCUGAGUUCAUUCAUCUGUGUGCAAGGGUACCUAGGAGAAUUGAUGCUGUUUUGAAAGCAAAGGAUGGUCCCACCAAAUACUGAUCUGAUUCAGAUUUCUCUUCUGUUCAUUUACUGCAUGUUGUUAAUUAAUGAAAAUAAACUGCAAAGCAGCAUAAAGCUUU